UGUCCUGUGGAGGGUGGCAUCCGUCCGUGGCGUCUGGUGCCAGCGCCAUACAUAUAACAUGCUUCAGCAGUUGAAAGCCUCCUCCGCAACUCAAUUCCGGUCAUGCAUUGUUGUCUCGACGGUAUAGCGGCAUCCCCAGGCUCCACGAGGUGACAGAUCGACCAAUUGCGUGUUAACGAACCAGCUGCUCGCUUGCCAUCCCAACACCACCACACCUUGAUAACACCCACGUAGCAUUUCCUGCACGCCAAACACCACCCUCUCUGCACCUUCUGCUUACAGAGACACGCUGGGAUUGGUCGUUCGUGGCCUCACUUCCCGACAGAAGACCCGGAACAAAGAUCCUUUUCGAUAUUCGGGAGUGCAUCGCGCUGAUCGCCCGCUCGGUGAUAUCGGUGUGGCCCCCGCAUCCAAUAGAGCGGACAAUACGUCAACGAAUAACGGUCAAGUGACUGGAAGAGGAAGUUGAGACUGACGCCUUCACUCCACACCAACCAGAAUCUGUUUUCUGCUGGGGGAAAAAAAUGGACACCAUGGGUUCGUGACUUCCCCCUCACUUCUCCGCCGUCUGACUUUGAACAUUAAAUACACAACUCCCAUCCCGCAUCAUCCAAGCAAUUGAUUCCCGCUCAUUCCUCUUCUUCAUGAUUUAUUGCCCUCCCACCAUCAACGGUAGCGUACUUUUCAAGCACCGUUGCUCAAAGCCCCGCUGAAUCCCGUCUUUCCGGUCCACUGGACCGUCGUUUCAAACCAAACUUGAUAGUUUGUGUCGGCUAACACAAUCUGGGCUCUCACAGCAGCCAACGACAUCGUCACAUCAAAAGAAAGGCUAGUCCUGGAGCAGAUGAUUAGUAUGAGUGACGACAGAGAGAAAGACUCCAUCAGCGAGGCUCAGCGAAGCCACGACGAAGGAAUGGAGUUUCCAGAAGACCCAGACGCUCAUCUCACGGCGGCCGAGAAGGCCGAAGUGGACCGCAAGUUACUCUGGAAGCUAGAUAAGAAACUGAUGCCUUGGCUUUGUUUCCUUUACCUCCUCGCCUUUCUCGACAGAACGAACAUUGGCAAUGCUAAAAUCGCCGGUCUCUCUGAAGACCUCGGCCUCACCGUCUCGUCUUACAAUGCCACCCUCACCAUCUUUUUUGUGUCGUACGCCGUCUUUGAACCUAUCACCAAUAUCAUGCUAAAACGAUACCGGCCCUCGGUCUUCAUCCCCAUCAUCAUGGUGCUCUGGGGCGCAAGCAUGCUAGGAAUGGGCUUCGUCAAAAACUGGUCCGGCCUCAUGUGCGCCCGCUGGUUCCUCGGCCUCACCGAAGCGGGCCUCUUCCCCGGCGUGAAUUACUACCUCUCGUGCUGGUACAAGCGUUCUGAAUUUGGCCUACGCGCUGCCGUCUUCUUCUCGGCAGCUGCCUUGUCCGGCUCGUUCGGUGGUUUACUCGCUGCUGCCAUCGAGAAUAUGCACGGCAUCGCUGGCCUCCCAGGCUGGGCCUGGAUUUUCAUUCUGGAGGGCCUCCUUACCAUCAUCGUCGGUAUCAUGUCCUUCUGGCUAGUCUACGACUUUCCCACCGAAGCCAAGUUCUUGUCUGAAGUUGACAGAGCGAGAGUUGUCAGGAGGCUAAAGUUUGACAAGCAGAGCUCGGCGGAGAAUGAAAAGUACACCAACAGUGCGCUGUGGGAGAGUCUGAAGGAUUGGAAAAUGUGGCUCGGGAUGGUGAUUUACAUGGGGUGUGACAUGCCGCUUUACGCGUUUUCUCUGUUCCUGCCGACGAUUAUCAGCGAUAUGGGUUGGAACACGUCUGUCAUUCGAGCGCAGCUUAUGAGCGUGCCCCCGUAUGCAGCAGCUGCUAUCCUGACGGUUGUUAUCGGUUUCAUCGCCGACAGGACAAGACAGAGAGGCCUAUGCAACAUUCUGGUCUCAGUCUUGGGGGUGGCGGGCUUCGCAAUGUUACUGGCGAGCGAGGAUGCAGCGGUCAAGUAUGUCGGCACGUUUCUCGGAGCGUUGGGGAUCUACCCUUGCAUAUCGAACACUAUCUCGUGGAUGGCAAACAACACCGAGGGGGUUUACAAGAGGGGGGUGGUGAUGGGGUUUGUGAUUGGGUGGGGAAAUCUGAACGGGGUGGUGAGCAGUAAUAUCUUCUUCAACGGGCCGAGAUUUGUGGAGGGACACGCGGUGAUUAUUGCGUACAUGGCUGUCUUCCUCUUUGGGGGGUCGGUGUUGAUGACGGUGCUGUUGAGGAGGGAGAAUGCGAAACGGUUGAGGGGGGAGAGGGAUUACCUGGUGGAGGGGAUGAGCGAGAAGGAGAUGGAGAGAUUAGGAGACAGGAGGCCGGAUUUUAUUUAUACGGUUUGAGGAGGUUGAAUGAAGGGAGGGAGAGGGAGAGGUGGAAGACGAUGAAGAUACCAUUUUGCUGUUUUUUUUUUUUGGUUGCUGGUAGGCAUUGCCUGUUGUGUCUUGAGGCUUCAACACCUUUCACCGCACAUUCGAAAUAUUUUGGGCCUUUUUAUCUGGUAUUAUUUCUCCGCGGCAGUAAAAAAAUGGAGUGGUUCUUUUCUUGUUCGCUCUGUCUUUUUAUUUUAUUUUACAUUUUAUACAUGAGCAAUCAUGACACAACCACCAUCUAUCUUCAUGGACUCCCCCCCUCUCUCUCUCUCUAUGCACAUGUGAAGUGAUGUCUGCUUGACCGACGCUACGCAGAUUGCAGUCACAGGUCACAGUCACACGGUCCACAGUCGUGAGCUGAGAGGGUCUGGUGGUCCUGUAUCCAGACGGGGAAAAUUGGAGGCAUCACAUGUGGAUGUGAAUCCCUCAGUUUGGAGAGGGACGGUAACGUCGGAAAGCACGACAUGUGGUUUUCCCACUGGCUAGUUGUACAGAGGGCAUGUGUAGGACAGGUUGGGAGAAAGAGGUUUCGGUUCGGGAAGAACUCAGGUACUCAAGUUAGCUCAGAGAGUGACGGUAGGAAACAUGGCGGGAGAAUAGGUGCACAUGUUAGCUGCACCCAAGGUGAUUGCUUGGUUGCGGUAUGGCUUUGGUGGUGUAAAUUCUGGGAGGUGUUGUAAACUUCUCUUCACUCAAGAACAAGAAAGUCGCAUUGGUCCUCAUGGAAUGUAUGGUUUGAUGGGAUACAAUCUACCCAGCAUCCAGGUGUGGGUUUGUUCAGUGUACGGAGGAUUACUCCUGACGGGAGACCAUCACAUUUGAGGGGUAACAGCUUGCCAUGGCUAGUAGUACAGUCUUAGAGUACUACUGCCCAACCUGAGGAGACAGCUUGCUUAGCCCGUUUUGUAAAUAAAGAGGCUCGCGGCCCGGUCGAAAGG